UCUUGGGUACUGCUCUCACCUUGUUCCCAUUUUAGCGUUUUCCUGUCAGCUGUGUGGAAUGUGAGACGCAGACAGCAUCAGAGGCUCCAGCCGAUACGGCCGCUUUUCCCUCUCACUCUCACUGCUGUCCAGAGCUCCUCCGGCUGCUCCUCAGAUCGUGUCCAAGGUGCCUAGCCAAAGGAUGUCCUCCACCCCAGAUGUGCCCACCCUCCUGCUCACCACGCUGUCCUCCUUCCCUUCUUCCAUCCCGGCCGUCACGUCUACAGAUUUAAAUGCCACCUCGUGCCAGGAGUGGGAGCGGACCCACCACCUGCUAUUCCAUGUGGGAAACUUGUCCUUGCUGUUGGGCCUGGCCAUCCCGACUACCUUGGCUCUGCACAUGAUCAUGCUGCGUCUCCUCCUGACAGCAGGAUGUGGUUUAUUCAUCGCGUGGGCCACGCUGUUCAGGUGCAACAUGGAUCUAAUGGUUUGGAACGUGGUCUUCCUGGUGAUCAACUUCGUACACCUUUUCUACCUUUUGUAUAAACGCAGGCCGAUUAAGAUUGACAGGGAGUUGCGGUCAGUCUACAAGAGGAUGUUUGAGCCUCUGCAUGUGCAGCAGGCUUUGUUCCAGCGACUCACGGGACAGUUCUGCACCAUUCAGACGCUGAAGAAAGGCCAGGCCUACGCUGCUGAGGACAAGACGUCUGUAGACGAACGCCUCAGCAUUCUGCUCAGAGGAAAGAUGAAAGUUUCAUACCGAGGCCAUUUUCUCCACAACAUCUACACCAACUCAUUCAUUGACUCUCCAGAGUUCAGGUCCACUGAGAUGCACCGAGGAGAGAAGUUUCAGGUGACCAUCAUGGCAGAAGAGAACUGUAAGUUCCUGUGUUGGUCUCGAGAGAGACUUACCUAUUUCCUGGAGUCAGACACUUUCCUUAAUGAGGUUUUCAGGUUCCUCAUCGGCAAAGAUAUCACCAACAAACUGUACUCUCUGAAUGAUCCCACACUCAGUGACAAGGCUGUGAAGAAAAUGGACCGACAGCCUAGCCUGUGCUCCCAGUUGUCUAUGACGCAGAUGAGAAACAGCAUGGCGAGCACCAGCGACACCGAUGAUGUUCUCAACCAGAUCCUACGAGGUGGAUCUGCUGGAUCAUCACUCCAGAUUUCACCCGGCACCAAAGCCUCCUCAAAAAUGAAGCCUAUAGAAGAAGGCAUGGAGGAUGAUGUGUUUGAAGAAUCUGCUUCGUCUGACCACAUGCCCAACACUUCCACUGAGAAUGUGUAGCCAGCAGUGGUCACAGGGGCAUGCUAUGAAGUCCAACACAGCGGACACAACUUUCCUUGUGUUAGCUUGAAGGACCCAGUCAGACAUGAUGGGUAUUAUGACGGUGGUUGUCAACUUUCUUAUGUUUCCUCACAUAAAAAUGUGCAUUUCAUGUGUCAUAUGUCUUUUGCACAGAAUCAUCCCUGUGACCGCAACAUACUAAUUAGGAGAUGUUAUCAGAGAAGAAUCUUUAAAAAGCUUCAAAAAUAAAACUAAAAUGUAAUAUCCUUGCAAAUAGGACCAAAGUUAAUGCUGCAAAAAUCUUUAAUACAGUGAUUUAGCACAAAGUAAACAUUUUUAAUUGAGGUAAUAUAUUUAUUUUACCACUGAGUUUAAACAUUAAAGGUUCAAAAGCCUAAUAAAGGCUAUGGGAGCAAUUCAAGCAGUGUAAAGGAGACAAGUAAGUAAAUCCCAAAAGGUUCAUUCUGUUCUCACUGAAAAUAUCCAGAUGGACAGAAUCAACCUUUGAAGUAUAAAAACAUUUAUAUAUUUUCUGCAUCACCAACUGAAUACAUGCAAUUUGCUGUGACAAUGCACUGCUGUGGCAAUUCAUUUGUGAUGUUAGUAAGGUACAACUUAACAAAUUUCUCAUAUAAAAUUUACUCUCCCAGCAAAGAAUCAUUUGAAAGAAUCCUUUUAAGAAUCAGUCAAACAUGGUACUAAUUUUAAUCUGAAACUCUAAACCACAGAGUUUACAAAGAGAGCCACUGUCAUGAUGCAAACCUCUGUCUUUAAGCCCAACAUAGCUCACCAACCCUUAAUCUUGCUUCAUAGUACAUCACUCAGAUCCAUAUUCUAUAGAUAUGUUUAGCACACUAACUGGGUUAGCUGCAGCUCAGGAGGCGGAGCAGAUGGUCUAUAGUUGGCUGGUUUGAUCCCUGGCUUAUCUCCAGUCUGCACGCCGAAGUUUCCUUAGGCACGAUACAAAACCCAGAGUUGCUCUCUGAUGCACUCAUCAGAAUAUGAAUGUGUGAGAUGUUAGAUAGAAAGCACUUAGGCAUAGAAGAAGGUCUUGCAUGAAUGGGUGUGAAUACAUGAAUGAGGCAUGUUGUAUUGACUUUGAGUGCUCAAGUAGAAACGUGCUGUUCAUUUACCAUCAGUACACAUUUUUCUAUUUUCUAUUGUCUCAGACCUGAACAAACAGCAACAAAGUUGAUACAUUAUGCCAUAUUACACUAUAAUGUUCUUAGUUCUUACUACAAAUGUUUGAUUUGGAGUUCACCGUGUAUUAAAUGUAUGUGAUCACAUGUAUGAACAAUGCAUCCAGAAGGUAUUCAGAGCAUGUCACUAGUUCCAUAUCCUGUCAUGUUACGGUGCUUUUUCACCCUAAAACCCUACACACAAUACCCCACAGUGACAAAGGGGAAAAUGUUUGCUUGAAAAUGUAUUUAAAAAAACAAAAACUAAAUACUACAUGUGCAUAGGUUUUCAUAGUUUUCACAGUCAGACCUGAGCUAAGGAGGAUCCUGUUUCCGCUGAGUAUCUGUCACAUGUUUCUACAACUUUAUUGACUGUCGUAAAUUCAGUUUAUUGGACAUGAUUUGAAAAGGUAUGCACCUGUCUGUAUGAGCUCCCCUAGUUGACAGUUUAUAUUAAAGCACAAACCAGUCCAGGAGUCUAAGAAGUUGCCUGUAGACUUCCAAGACAGGAUUGUAAUUGAGGCCCAGAUCGGGCGAAGGGUACAUUUCUGUAGCAUUGAAGGUGCCAUUGAACAAAUGUCGGACCUUUUUUUUUAUUUUAAAUUCACUUGUUUUCUGUUUAGUCAUGCAUUUUUAAAUUAAAUACUCUGAGGAUAUCCACGCAAGCUCUGGUGUAGAAAUGGCUGUAAUAAUACUGCAAAGAUCCGUUCUCUGAUUCACUGAUAGUGAAGAAACACUCAGUGCAUCAUGGGAAGCAGCAGCCUAUUGCAGUGACACUGAGGAUUCAGGGUCACCUGAUCCAGCCCUAACUGUGUCAUCAAAAAGGAAAGUGUGCUUUAAGUCUGCUCUUUUGGGGUAAUACGGUACUAAGAGUUCAUUAAGAUUUGAUCCCUUUUUGAAAUGAUUAAACUAUUUUCAGGAUUUAAACCCUUUAAAUGUCAGUUUAAACAUUUGAGUUACUAAAUAAUUACUGAAAAAACUAACAGAAAACUGCUUUUUUCCAUAUAAUAAAUAGUAUGGGGUGAUUAGAGUCUUGGACAUUUCAAAGAUCAGCAACAAAACUGAUUUUAAUGCAUUUUCUUUCUUUAGUAUGUGUAGUGCCAGAUACUCCCUAAAAAGUUCACCUCAACUAAAACCACAUUUUUAAUCUCUGUGCCAUUGCAGUGUAAAACAGAAGUAUUGAUUCCUUACUGGAGGGAUGGAUUUUGUCAUUUAAGUUAUUUAAAAAGUUACAGAAUUACUGAAUCUAACACAGAGCAUGAAGUUUAUACAGUGGUUCAAACUUCAUCCUGCUUUACGCCUCCUUGUUUGUAGCAGACUAAGUAUAUAUGAUGGAUGAAAGUGGAGUUAAAGGCGGAGGAUGAAGGAGAUGUUGUGAGUUGAUGAUGAUGAUGACAAAAUGUCAGUCUAUUGGAAGUGCAAAAUACUACAGACCCCUGGCCCCACCAAAACAUUCAGCUUAAGUGGAAACCCUAUACAGUGAAAUAAAUGCAGUUCAAAAUACA